UCAGUUUCAUUCAGCAGCUGCAGCAGCAUUACAGCUUUCAGAAAAAUAUGGAAGGCUCCUUUAAACAUAAACUUCCUUUACCUCUUGUUCUUCUCUCCUUUCUGAUCCAUUUUUCAGGCAUCAUUUCCAUUAAUGCUCGAGGUCUAUCAAAGCAAGGGACUUUGAACAAGAAUAUUUCAGCCUUGUUGGUGUUUGGAGACUCUACUGUGGAUUCCGGAAACAAUAACUUUGUAAGCACCGCUUUCAAAAGCAAUUUUCAGCCAUAUGGGAGAGAGUUUCCGAACCAAAUACCCACUGGAAGGUUCACUGAUGGCCGGCUCUGCACCGACUUCAUUGCUUCCUAUGUUGGUAUAAAGGAGGAUGUACCACCAUACCUGGACCCAACUCUUAGCAUGAGGGAGCUGAUGACAGGAGUCAGUUUUGCCUCAGCCGGAACUGGAUAUGAUCCACUUACACCAACGCUGGGUAAUGUAAUUCCAAUAUCAAAGCAACUGGAAUAUUUCAGGGACUACAAGAAAAGGCUGGAGUCCUCUACAGGAAAGCAAAGAACCAAAGCGCACAUCAAGAAUGCAUUGUUCGUCGUCAGUGCCGGUACAAACGACUUCGUAGUCAACUAUUUUGCUCUACCAACCAGAAGAAAGAGCUAUACCGUCUCGAGUUACCAGCAAUUCUUACUUCAACAGUGUAAAGAGUUGAUUCAGGGUUUGUGGGAGGAAGGGGCGCGAAAUAUAUUGGUGGCUGGGCUACCUCCAAUGGGCUGUUUGCCGACAGUCAUCACUCUUUUUUCCAGCACUACUACUGUUAUUGAUCAUCUCCAACGAGGUUGUCUAGAACAGUAUUCCUCAGUGGCAAGAGAUUACAAUCGAUUACUUCAAAAUGAUUUGAAUUUCAUGCAACUAAGUUUAGCAAGUCAUGGCGCUAGGAUCUUUUACCUUGACAUAUAUGGACCUUUGAUCCGCAUGAUUGAAGAGCAUGAAAGUUUUGGCUUUGUUGAGACUAAUGUGGGAUGCUGUGGGACAGGAUAUCUGGAAUCAUCAAUUUUAUGUAAUCCGACGUCUUACGUAUGCAGUGAUGCUUCUAAGUAUGUAUUUUGGGACUCAAUACAUCCUACUGAAAAGACAUACUACAACCUCUUCAAGGGUACUUUUCGUCCGAUAAUCGAUGUCAUCAUCAGCAAUUAAGGAUUCUACGGUUGCGAUGGAUUCGAUCAUGUUCUGGGCCAUGAAAUUUAUAAUAAUAUAUAUAAAUUAUCAAGUUACGUAAUUAUAAUGCAACCAACGUGAUUGUAAGUCUACGUAAAGAUCUUACAAAACGGAACUUUAUAAUUUGUUAUG